AGUCUCCACUAUUGUACGAGACAGCCGGUUUGUCUGUCGUGUAUGUGUGCGGUGUAUAUUCCUGUAACAAGCGAGCGAGUGUUUUUUUUUUGUGUGAUCUACGAGGUGUGCGUAUGAUAUUUGUAUGUGCGUGCGCGUGUUCGAACUCCAAAUUUAAAUAAAUAUCACCAUCGCCCACCGCGGACGGGCUUGUUCAAUUGUUUUGUUUUUUUUUCUGUUUUUGAAAAUGUGGUAAAAUCUCGACGGUCGAUAAAAUUCGAAACAGGAAUCGUCACCUAUCUCAUAUCUUCGUCGUCGAAACACAAUAAUUAUUGUCGUCGCAUUGUCUAGCGGACACAUACAAACGCCUACUAAAUACAACUAAGCAAACAUGCCUUGUUCCGCAGUCACUCUUUCACUAGCCACCAUCACGGCCAUUGUAGCCACGGCUUUGCUGGCCAUCGCUUUUUCUACCGACAAUUGGGUAUACUACGAAGUCAGAAGGAAUCAAAUACAAAAUGCCGUUAAUCAGCGUAGUCAAACUUCAGUACUCGAACAAAUGAACAAAUAUUUCUAUUUUACAAGGACGAAGGGUCUCUUUAGAAUAUGCUAUCCCAAGGACAGGCCUCCAGCGGUUGAAACCUAUUUGAGUCCAGUUGAAACACAUUGUAUGAAUGUCGAUUAUUUCUUCUUGGAUCCAGACAAUCAGACACAUGAGUUUUCUGAAGACGCUAUGACCAGAUUGCAUAUGGGAAGAUCAACAAUUGCGUUGUUCAUAGUAAGCUUUUUUGUAAUGUUCAUCGCUUUUUGGACCGGAGUUGCGGGUUGCUGGAGAAGAUCACCCGGAAAUAUCACGGCCACUGCAAUUUUAGUACUAUUAGCAUGUUUACUUAGUGCUGGCGCUAUGGGAUUUUGGCACGGAGUGGAAUACUACGAAAAGGAACGUGUAGUAGGAGAAGAGUUUUACCAGCAGUGGAAUAGUAUACUUAAGGAUAACACUCGUAUAUCUUAUGAUUGGUCGUUUUUCAUGGCGUGGACUGGCGUUGCAUUUUCUUUGGUAUCUGCUAUAUUAUUUUCCGGCGCUGCGAUCUGUCUACGAGGCGAACGUGAAAGAGAAGAGGCUCUCAACAUGCAAUACUUAAUGCCUGUUUAUCCACAAAAACAACAAUAUGCUUACGCUGGAUACCCGACACCAAAUACGUAUCCAUCGGGACCUUACUACCAUGGACAACAACAACAACAGCCACAAUACGCCGGCCACUACAAUUACUAGGCAAAUUAUUGUAAGCUGGUUCAGCCAGUUUAAAAUGUUUAUUUUUUUUGUCCAGCCAAUAAAUUAUAUAUAUUCACUAAAAAACUGAAGACGUAUAUAGUUACUUACUAUAUAGAAUGCUUCCUGUGUAAAAUUGGCUGGACAUUAUACAUACUAUUGUUUUAAGAUCGUACAUUUAAAUAGGAUUUUUUAUAAAUACUCAAAAUUUGUGUGAUCCUAAAACAAUAACUUAUAACUAAUUUAUAAAUACGUUUCUAUAAGCUCAUAUAUUAUUAUACUUGACAGAAUAUUCCACCUAAGUUGCUCAAAAAAAAA